GGGAGCAGCGGCGGACUGGAGAAGCACAUGGACAGCACGGGGAAGUACGUUCGUUACACAGCAGAGCAAGUUGAGGCCUUGGAAAAGGUUUAAGCUGUGUGCCCGAAGCCGAGCUCGAUGAGGAGUCAACAAUUGAUCCAUGCCGUGAGAAGCAGAGGAAGGAGUCUUCUCGUCUUCAAUCUGUCAAUAGGAAGUUGACUGCAUUGAACAAGCUUCUGAUGGAGGAAAAUGAACGCCUCCAAAAAUAGGUCGCUCAGUUGGUUCAUGAGAACACAUACAUGAAGCAGCAACUACAAAAUCAGAGCUUGGCUUCUGUGGCCUUAAUUUGCAUACCACAUGGUGUUGCAUGCUCAAGAUGAGCUCCCCUUUUAUGUUACCGAGGAAGAAAGAGUAGUCGACAUUCAAGGUGAACCCUUGAAGGUUCUUAAGGCUCUUGAAGCUGUGGUUGGUCAUUUGCGGAAAUUUUUGGUUGAUCAUAGUAUUCUUCCCUUAGUUGAAAAAAGUCCGCAGCCCAAUGCACCACUUGUUCAAGCUCAAGCUCCUGUAGCAGCUCCUUGGAGUGAUCAAGCUCCAUCAUUGAUACAUACUGCUCAGCAGUCUGGCAUGGGCGGUGAUUAUUCAUUCCCAUUGAAGCGUGCUUCUCUUUAUCUGGAGCACGAUUCUCAUUUAGAUUCACAAAUCCAACGUUCAGGUGCACUGUCGUCAUUUUAUCGACAGGAACCUCCUCUUUCUGGACUGCAUUCCACAGGAUUAGGGAGGAGUGCUGCCGCUUUAGUUACUCAGGUUGCGCAAACAAUGCAGAUUCCAAUAUCAUAUGCAGAGGACAUCAUCGGCAUUGGAGGAGCAAACAUUGCAUACAUCCGUCGUACAAGUGGAGCUGUCCUUACCGCUCAGGAGAGUGGGGGCUUGCAUGAUGAGAUCACAGUUGAGAUCAAAGGCUCUUCUAGUCAAGUUCAGGCUGCUCAACAGCUCAUUCAGGAAUUUGGAUUUGAUUAUCUUAUAAGUAGAGAGCAACUUGUCAUGAGGUUACAAGCAAACUGGAAUAUUUAAACAGUUGUUCCAUUCUUUCUUUUCUUUCACCUUUUCCUCUCGGCAAAUUGUGUUUCUUUUUUUCCUUUAUGGAUUACAAGUAAACUGGAAUAUUUAAACAGGCCGUUGAGUGUUGACUUGGAAAUGGAAAUGAAUGUAACUAUUUUAUAAUAGGAGUAAAUUCUUUGUUUAUCAUAA